AUGUCGAUCGAUUCCGCCAUUUCUAUUGCAUGGGAUGUCUUGAAGUGGGUAGUUGUUCCUAUCAAGCGCCAAUUCAGAUACGUCAUGUCCUCCAACACCUACGCACAGGAUCUUCGAAAGGAAGUCAGCAAGCUGGAGUACGACACUGAGAGGAUCCACAAUGUCACGGAAGAGGCCAGGAACAAUCUUCGAAUUGUCUACAGUCGUGUCACAGAGUGGCUGAACAGUGCUGCGAAGGCCUUGAAGGAGGCGGAAGACCUGUUGGGAGACUUCGAAAAGGCAAGCAAGAGUUGCUGCUAUGGGACUCUUCCCGACCCCAAAUAUCGCUAUCAGUUUAGCAGGAAGGCCAAGGACAAAAAGGAGGACAUUCAGCGACUUGCUCGCGAAUGCAGUGAAUUCAAGGACCUCUCCUCUAGCAAUCCUGCUCCGGGGAACAUUGUUGCUCCAACUCCGGCCAGGGGAGAAGGCAAAGAUGUCGUCCAAUCAACCACCACUAUGGACUCUACUUCUUCUGCCUCAAUGACGAUUAAGCUUAGGGAUGAUGGCGUCUUCAAAUCCAGAGCUUCGAUGAUACAGGACAUCAUGGACGCUCUUGCCGAUGACCGCUGUAGCGUGGUCGGGGUUCACGGGAUGGGCGGGGUCGGCAAGUCCACACUUUUGGCCGAUGCCAAGGAGAGAAUAAGGGAAACAAAUUCGUUCCAUUGGGUCGCUAAGGCUGAUGUGUCGCAAAAUCCAGACAUCAAGGGGAUUCAAGGAGAGAUUGCAGACGCCUUGGGCCUCAGUGACAUAAAGGACAAAGAGUCCGUAAGUGGGCGAGCGGAACUUUUGCAGAGUAGGUUGGACUAUGAGGAGAAGGAGAAAAAGAAGGUACUCAUAAUACUAGACAACCUGUGGAAGGGACUCGACUUGAAAUCAGUCGGCAUUCCUUGUGGACAUGACAACAAAGUCAUAGGAUGCAAGUUGUUAUUGACGUCAAGAUUUCGACAUGUUUUGCGAGGGGAAAUGUGCUGCGACAGGGACUUCUUCCUUGAUGGGCUGCAGGAGGAAGAGGCGAAAAAAUUGUUCGAGAGGAUUGUGGGAGACAAAGUUCACGUUGACGAGUUCAAACCCUUGGUAGCUGAAGCACUCCACAAAUGUGCAGGUUUGCCUUUCCUAAUUGUUAAUUUGGCAAAACGUCUUAAACACGCUGGUUUACCCGAAUGGAAGAAUGCUUUAAAACAAAUAAGGCUGUCUAAAAAUGAAGGACUCGGUGAGAUGAUAAAUAACAUGUUGCAGUUGAGUUAUGAUCAUUUAAAAGACGCAGAGAAGUCAUUGUUAGCACUCUGUGUUGCUUGUGGCACCUCUAAGCCCUCUCUUGAAUACUUGGUGAGGUAUAGUGUGGGUUGGGGGCUAUUUCAAGAAGAUAACAUGGAAGAAGCUAGAGAUAGUUUGAGAUCACUAAUUCGUACUCUUCAAGCCUCCUCCUUUUUGUUAGAGGAUGGAGAUGAUUAUGGUUUCAAGAUACAUGACUUGGUUCAUGAGUUUGUUGCCUCAGUUGCUUCAAGAGAUCAUCCUCUUCUCGUGUUGAAAGAUCAAGACAAGUCGAUAACAGAGUUGCCAAAGGACAAACUCAAAAGUUGCGGAUCGAUAUGCUUUCCCUACACUGACAUGAAAAAGCUUCCCCAAGAAUUAGAUUGCCCUGAAUUGCAAAUCUUUUUGCUGUUCACAAAUAAUCGAUCUAUUGAGGUUCCAGAUUCAUUAUUUAACUCUAUGAGGAAACUCAUGGUCUUAAAUCUUACUGGGAUACAUCUCACUUGCUCCCCUUUGCCGUUUCAGUUUUUGAAGAACUUACACACUUUGUGUCUUGACAAUUGUUCGUUAGACAAUGUAUCCAUUCUUGGGGAGUUGAAAAGGCUACAAAUUCUCAGCUUUGUGAACUCCAAAAUUCAGCGAUUGCCGGAAGAAAUUGGGCAACUAGUAGAGCUGAGGCUGUUAGACUUGAACUAUUGUUCAAACCUUCAAAUAAUUGAGCCGGGUGUGCUUCGAAACUUGGUCAAAUUGGAGGAGUUGUACAUGAAGAAUAGCUUCGAUCAAUGGAAUGUCAUGGAGCAAACUCCACCAACUAAUGCCAAUAUGAUUGAGUUGAAUGACAUGAAGUAUCUCAAGACUCUGCAUAUAUCCAUUCUCAACCCAAGUGUGCUGCCAGGGGAUUUAGAAGUCGAAAAAUUAACCAAGUACAAAAUUGAAAUGGGUGAUGUUUCUUGGUGGGUUAAAGAAGGAUCAAGGAUAUUGAUCCUCAAGUGGGAUCCAAUCAGCGAUAUUUUGCAGAAAGGAUGCAUACAGAGUAUCUUCGGCAAAACUGAGAAUCUGAUUUUGGAUGGGUUGAACAGAAUUGAGCAAAGUAUUUGUGCAUUAUCCCAAAAAGACUUUCUAGAAUUAAAGCGUCUACAAGUCAUGAAUAUUCCCUCGAUCCAUUACAUCCUCCAAUCACCAUCCCAUAUAUAUUUUAAGACAUUGGAGUCAUUAUUUCUCGAGAAUCUCAUCAACUUAGAGAAGAUAUGCACCAACAAUAUCUCCUCCAAGUCUUUCAGUGCAUUAAAAGUAGUACGAGUUGAAUGUUGUCACAAAAUGGAAGUUCUAUUUCCUCUUUCAUCGAUGAGAGAACUUCCACAGCUGAAAAAGAUCGAAAUUGUCCAUUGCAUGGUAAUGCGGGGGAUUUUAGAAGCUGAUGAGAGUGGCAAAUUUGAGUUGAGUAAUUUGCAUGCAUUGAAAUUGCAUUACUUGCCAAAAAUCAAGAACUUUUUUACCACUAGGUUAGCUCCUUCAAGUAGCAAAUUAGAUGACCCAGUAGCCACUCAAAUUGCAUUCUUCAAUGGACAACAGGUUGCCUUUCAGAGAUUGGAGACAUUAGAAAUCAUUGGCUUGGAUAGCCUUGAGUUUAUAUUUUUCUCAUCCAUGGUUAAAUCUCUCACACAACUAAAAAACCUGACUAUAUCGGAUUGUGAGAAGACGGAGGCGAUCAUUAUGGAGGAAGAAGGGUUGGGAAUGGAAACAUCAGAAAUUUUGGCAUUCCCGAUGUUAACCAAUUUACACUUAGAACAAUUGAAAAGUUUGACGUGCUUCUCUCAUGAAAAAUAUAUUCAUUUAUGCAAUUCAAAUGGUGAUAUUCUUUUCAUCCAAUGA